AAGCAGCUACCGAACAAUGAGAUUAUAAUACUUGAUACUUCUUUCUCGGAUAUAGAGGUUGUGUCUAAGAACAAUGGCCAUCGGAUACGCCAAAGACCAACCAACAGGUUUCAAGAACUAUCUUGAAAAUAUCGCUAUUGUUGGUGCCGGAGGCCAAGUCGGCAAAUUCAUCGUCCAGGCUCUCGUUGCAAAUGGAAAACACAAAAUCACUGCCCUCACCCGUGAGGGGAGCACCAAUACCGUUCCAGCAGGCGUACACUCUAUUCAAAAGAUUGAUUACUCCCAACCUAGUACCAUCGUCGAAGCCCUCAAGGGUCAAGAUGCAUUGAUUUGCACCUUGUCCAUCCGGGCAACCGAUGAAGCAGAAAAACUCAGCAGAGCCGCUGCUGAAGCUGGCGUGAAAUGGAUACUGCCUAAUGAGUUUGGCAAUUCCAAAAACAAUGAGCAAAUCGAUCGGGACAUUAUGAUUGGAGUCGUGAAGGCAAAAGAUCGAAAACUCAUUGAGGAGUUGGGAGUGAGCUCGUGGAUUGGUGUGGCGACUGGCUUUUGGUAUGAGUAUAGCUUGUCUGUCGGUCCGUGGAGUUAUGGGUUUGAUAUUAAGAAUCGUGCUGUCACUUUCUUUGAUGACGGCGCUAAGCAGAUCAAUACCACUACUUGGCCACAAGUUGGUCGUGGAGUAGCCAAUCUGUUGGGACUCAAGGUUCUACCGGAUGAUGAGAACGAUAAGAGUCCGCAUUUGUCGCAGUUCAAGAAUGAUUUUGUCUGCAUCUCGUCUUUCAAGGUCAGUCAGCAACAGAUAUUUGAGUCUCUUCUAAGAGUCACUGGAACCAGUCGUGAUGAUUGGAAAGUCACCACGGAAUCAGCCAAGGAGCGCUAUGAGAAGGGAAAGGUAAUGCUUGAAGCCGGUGAUCGAACAGGCUUUGGCCUGCUGUUGUAUUCACGAGUUUUCUACCCAGAUGAGGCAGGUCAACACCCGCGUGUCGACAAUGCCGCUUUGGGUUUGCCAGAGGAAAAUCUCGAUGAGUGGACAGCUGUCGCGGUCAAGAUGGCUAAGGAGGAUUACUUUUUGAAGCAUGUCGUUCCUCGGACAAUGGGGUAGAGACCCUUGAUCGGUGAUUAUGUGCGUUAGAGGUUUAUCAUGUAGCUCAGUCAGUCAUAUAGUCCAUAAUGAAGUUUGCUCCCAAAAAUCUCAAAGUGAGCUAUGGCGU